GCGCCUCUACCUGUUCCCUCUGCAGUUCACGCUUCCUCAGGCUUCAACUCCUUACAUGAUCACAUCUGCUACUGCUACGCUACACAUGCACACCAGCUCCAACAAGUCAAAUUCUCCCUAGCACAGCUCAGCUGACACCCCCCCGACGGGUUUCCCGCCGAGAGGCCCUGCCCGGCCCGUUAUCCCCUCCGCCUCGUCCAUCUACUGGUUCUCCUGUUGGCCAGAAAACCCUCAACUCCUCCUGCAAGCUUCCUAUCACACGCCUUUGCCUGUAACGCCUUGCAACCAGUCGAUCGCACUUGGGAGUGCUUCAGCCUUGCUGUCGAACCUUGCAACCUUGAGUUCACGGCAUCGAGAAUCUCGGUGAUAGCCACUUGUGACUCAGUUCAACCCACAACUUUGCAUUCGGGCCGCUACUAGAUCCCGAUUCCAAAAAUUUCACGCUCCCGUUGAGGCAACUACAACCACAGCUGCCUAAUACAUGUUCUGAUUUAUAUACUCGCCAUCGUCCUUUCUAUUCUGCCUGCUUCCGCAGCCUCGUUCUCGCUGCACGUCGCCAAUAUCAUCCUUGCUUCGUCCUCGACAAUACUAUCUAUACUCUACUCUAUUCAUAAUGACUCCCAACAGCGAGAACGCCAUGGCUCGGUUCCUUCUGGCCAUCCUCAACCAGAAGAACCUUAAAGACAUCGACUGGAACCAAGUCGCCGCGGAUCCCGUCCUCCUUCAGCCCAUCACAAACGGACACGCUGCGAGGAUGCGUUUUGCUCGGUUUCGUGCCACCGUCAACGGACAUGAGCCGCAAAAGAGGAACCGCACUGCCGACAAGUCCCGAGUGACCAAGUCGAAGAAGACACAACCGGCUAAGAGAGAGAGCCUCAUCAAGGCUGAGACGGGCGUGAACCUUUCGUCGUAUGCCCAAGUUCGCCCGAGUCCCAAGAUCAAGCAGGAACCUAGUCAACCUGGGUAUCUUGCCCAGUUCUCUCCCGCGUCGACUUCAUCACCUUACCUCACCGACAACCGAGACGACAUGAACCCUCGAUUCCUCACCCCCUGCAGCGAUGACAUGACCCAUAGUCUUGCCAUUAACCCUGCAUCCCUCGAGGACCUCAGACUGCGCAACGGCUUUGGUCCCUCGAUGGACUGUCCCCAGGACAUCAUGGCACCGCCUUCCCAUGACUUUACCCUGGGGCAGUCAACCUUUGAUACGUUUGAUGCCGCCUACGAUCUGACGGCUUACAAGACUGCCGUCGGCGGCGGCCAGAGCCCCGUGAAUAUCGACUUCGGUGCUGCCUCUCUGGCAGAUUGCAGCCCCGAGUGGACUGAUCACUUCAACGACCAUCACUUUUGAUACCCACGGAAAAGAAAAAACACUGCGGAUAGAGGACGAGACAUGUACAAAACUGGAGAUAUGGUAGAAUGAUUUUUGCCUUUGCUUUUCAUGAUUAAUGACAAUGAUUACUUUGAGAUGGAGACCUUCUCUUUGGUGCUUGUUUGUGUUUGAUAUUUGUUUCUGUAAUGGCUUGCUUUUGAAACAUCUCUACUACAACAUGAUCCCAAGAUGGAAUCGAAAUAUGGAAUGGCUGCCGUGUUUGGGUUGCUGGAUUUUGCCUGCUUGGUAUUGAAGUUGUAUACUAGCAUCCCAUAGGUGCAGUCUGAAAUUGAGCGUUCUGGUGUUGCAGCAG